GCUGCGUUCAGAUCACAGGUGUACUAGACCUUGGGGGAGGACGAGGAGCUAUGGCUAUGGCGGCCUCUUGGCGGUGUGAAAGAGUGUCAGAAGUGCCGACGAUGUGCUCUUUCUUGAUGCUGGCGUUUCUCUUUGCGCUCUCGGCGAUACCUAUGGCAGCAGCGUACGGGUUGGACGAUUUCAUGGCGGCUAUCAAUGACUACAAUGUGACCUAUCAUGAGGUGAAAGGGGAUGUGGUCCUCAACGCUUCCCUCCCACAGAAGGCCUUCGGCAGAAGCUUCACGCUGGUGGGCAAAGCGCCAGGUGGCAGACGUCCAGUGAUUGACGGAGCGUUUAAGGAGGGUGGAUUGAUCCCUCUCGGUCUGACUUUGAGGAACUUAGAAUUCAGGAACUUCAACGGAACGCAACCUAUUUUCUCUGCGUUGGGUCACGACGUCGACGUUCAAGACUGCGUUUUUCGCGGGAAUCGUGUGGCAGGUGGAGGUACCGGCUCGGCGGUCUUUGUUUUGGGCGGGAACCUGAGGAUCUCACGCUCUUCCUUCUUCGGAAACCAGGUGGCGGCGCAAGGUAGCGGAGGCAGCGCCGGCGCAGUCUAUUCGCAGUCCGCCGGGAGCGUGCUGAUCGACAGCACGGUCUUUCUCAACAACCAGCUGACGGGAGCGGGAGGCAUGGGAGACGGUGGUGCGCUAUCUAUUCCCUUUGCUACUCUUUACAUGAUCACCAAUUGUACAUUUGACGGUAAUCGGGUUGAUGGCAUCGGGGGCGCGAUAGCGUCUAGCGGCUGCGGCCGGGGGGAGAUCCUGCGCUCGAGCUUCUUGCGCAACUUCGCCUUCUCGACGAAAGGAGCUUACAAGCGAUACGCAACGGGCGGGGCCAUCGAUAUAUACGGUGACAACGUCACUGUCAUCACCGGAUGCUCGUUCACUGGUAACAAGGCGGCUGGCAGGCGCGGAGGAGCGGUGUCUCUGUCGAUGUACCAGGCGGAGGCCACCAUCUCGGGCUCCAAGUUCGAGCAGAACGCCGCUGGGACAUACGGUGGGGCAGUGGGUGUGCGACUCGUGCCGGGGAGCUUCAGCGAGGGCCGACGUUCAAUUGUGCUAUAUGACGGCGGGCCUCCGAGGAGUAGAGUGAAGUUCUGCAGAGGGAACACGUACUCGAGGAACGUGGCGGGGAGCUCAGGCGCGGAGAACAUAUACGUGGACAUGCGCAACAGCUCGGUGAGCGGAGUGACAUUCUGUCCGAGCGAGCCUCCUCUUGCUCUGAUCGAAGCGGAGACUGGAACGGUGAACGUCACCUGCGCAUCCUGCUGAGCGCUCCGGGGAAGUCCCACUUGCGUGGAUUCCUCCCCCCUGGCCGUCUAUCAUCGUAGUCCACGGCCAGAUACAAACGAUCCAUGCAAUUGCGGCAAUUGCUCUAUAAUCCGAACGAGGUCACUCGACAACAGAGAAAUGCGGUCCGCGUGUGUAAGUAAAGGGAAGUCGCCUGGCUUCGAACUCUUCUACGAGAAAUAGAAAGUAAAUGUGGUCCUUAGGCACUCUCUCGUUGGCCACAAAGAGAGAGAGAGAGAGAGAGAGAGAGAGAGAGAGAGAGAGAGAGAGAGAGAGAGAGAGAGAGAGAGAGAGAGAGAGAGAGAGAGUUGCCAUGAGAAUGAGAGUGGGUGGGACAGAGAUGCAAGGUUUGUGGAUUGACCGUCGGCAAGCCGCGGGCUGCAUCGGCCAUUGACGAGGAGUUUGGUCGUUGGCAUUUUUGUGUUGUACUGUGGUGUUUUUGGGACGUGCUCUUAAUAACCUCGCACAUGUUGUGAA